UUAGCAGAUGUGAAUGGGGUGAUUGAGGAGGAGUUCACCAUGGCACGGCUUUACAUCAGCAAGAUGAAGUCUGAGGUGAAGUCCCUGGUGAACCGCAGCAAGCAGUUGGAGAGUGCCCAGAUAGACUCCAACAGGAAGAUGAACGCCAGCGAGAGGGAGCUUGCAGCUUGCCAGCUCCUCAUUUCACAACAUGAAGCAAAGAUCAAGUCCCUUACAGACUACAUGCAAAAUAUGGAGCAGAAGAGAAGGCAGCUGGAAGAGUCACAGGACUCUCUCAAUGAAGAACUUGCCAAGUUACGUGCUCAAGAAAAAAUGCACGAAGUCAGUUUCAAGGAUAAGGAGAAGGAGCAUCUGACCCGGCUUCAGGACGCAGAGGAGAUGAAGAAGGCCCUGGAGCAGCAGAUGGAGAGUCACAGGGAAGCCCACCAGAAGCAGCUGUCCCGGCUGAGGGAUGAAAUUGAAGAGAAGCAGAAAAUAAUCGAUGAAAUCAGAGAUAUGAAUCAGAAGCUGCAACUGGAACAAGAGAAACUGAGUGCUGAUUAUGAUAAAUUAAAAAUUGAGGACCAGGAGAGAGAAAUGAAGCUGGAAAAGCUCAUACUGCUUAAUGAUAAAAGGGAACAAGCAAGAGAAGAUCUUAAGGGGCUGGAGGAAACAGUGGCAAGAGAACUUCAGACUCUUCACAACCUACGCAAGCUGUUUGUGCAAGAUCUCACCACCCGCGUUAAAAAAAGCGUUGAACUUGACAGCGAUGAUGGAGGUGGAAGUGCUGCGCAGAAGCAGAAAAUUUCCUUUCUUGAGAACAACCUGGAACAGCUUACAAAGGUUCACAAACAGCUGGUACGUGAUAAUGCAGAUCUUCGUUGUGAGCUUCCUAAGCUGGAAAAACGACUUAGAGCUACGGCAGAGAGAGUUAAGGCCCUGGAGAGCGCACUGAAGGAGGCAAAGGAGAACGCCAUGCGAGACCGCAAACGGUACCAGCAGGAGGUAGAUCGCAUUAAGGAGGCUGUGAGAGCCAAAAACAUGGCACGGAGAGCACACUCUGCUCAAAUUGCCAAGCCCAUCCGCCCUGGUCAUUACCCAGCGUCUUCUCCAACGGCUGUCCACGCCAUCCGAGGGGGAGGGAUGUCAAACUCCAGCUACUAUCACAACACCAAAUAGACGAGAAGUAAGACUGGAGUACCUUACUCAUCUGUUCUUUCACUGAUGACACAGUUUUCUUGUAUUUCAUUUUUACUUUAGAAGACCCACAGUAUUCGUUUUCUAGUUUUAGUAGGUGUCAUUUGCUGAUAAUUUAACUGUGAAAAUUAGUAAUUUGAGGAAUGCCUUGUUAGAAUGCUUUGCAAGCUGCUGCUGAGAGUUUUUAUUUUAAUGACUUGUCAGUUAAAACUUUUUUUAAUAAACUAAAAUGCUCUGGUAAAUCUACAGAAAUUCACACAUAGAGGUGUGAAACUCAUGUAGUAAAAAUAGAGUUCCA